AUGCAGUUCCUCGUCACCUCGCUACUCCUGGCCUCGGUAGCCACUGCGUCACCGUCUUUCAAGGUCACGAAAAGGCAGGCAGCGCCAGCAUUCGAUAGUAAGCUCACAGCCUACUGCAUACCCGAAGCCGAAGACUCACACAUGCCUAACGUAACAGCAGUAGCAGUAACCGCCAACACGAUAAUCCCCGUCGUCGUCGGCGGCGCGCAGGACACCUUCGUCCCCAACUUGGUGACGGCAGCCGUGGGCGACGUUAUACAAUUCCAGUUCAGCAACGGCAACCACACCGUCACCCAGAGCUCCGCCGACGCGCCGUGCACGCCGCUGCAGGCCAUGGUCGCCACCGCCAUCCACAGCGGCCACAUCCCGUUCGAAGACGGACAGACGACGGUCGGGACCUUCAGCAUGCCCGUCACUAGCGCGGAUACCAUGUUUCUGUACUGUGCUACUGUGCCUCAUUGCCAGGAGGGCCAGGUCAUGCAGAUCCUCGAUUAUGCCGCCGCUUCGGCCGCUUCUGGCGCGAGUGUCGACGGCACGAACGUCGUUGGUGGCACGGUUGCUUCGAUCCCUCUCGAGGCUGCGGCUUUCAUGCCCGCCCCGGCGGAGGCGGCCGCACCACCACCUGCUGCGGACCCGGCCGCCGCGGACCCUGCCGUUGCAGAUCCCGCAGCUACUGGGACGACCACCGUCAUUGUGACGGUGACCCCGACCGCUGCUGCUGUUGCCUCGGCAAUCCCAACACUCAAGUAA